UUAUUGCUCAUUGCUCAGGUCUCGAGUUUGUAUGGGAAUGGUUAGUCUGUUCAGUGCUUUUUCGGAAUAAGGUUCGUGUUUAGUCCGCGAGAAGCUGUGUGAAAGUGGGAGAGACCUGGAAAAGUUUACUGAAAACCGAUCGAUAUUAUUUGUAAAUAUUUCCAUGGAACUGGCGCGACUAGUUGAUAUUUUUACGAACAUUUUUGCGACCAUUUCCGCGGGUUGCUGAGGUUGGAGAUUGGAAGCAUUCGAUUAAUUCGGAACAAGUUCUGAACCCACUGGACAAGGUGAGACCACGUAUCUCUGAUAUUCAUCGGGCUGGACGUGUAUGAAAAAAAAACGCGAAAGAAUUCCGAUGAAACAAAGCUUGAUAUUUAAUGUGUAGAGGUACCUUCAUACGCGAAGAACGAGUACAACACACGUCCAGGGUGCACAAUUGCGAGGCAGCCACAUAGCAUACAUUAUACGGGACGGGACGGGACAGUCAACAACCAUAACGUUAAUAUUCAUCAAAUAAGUGAGAGGUGAUUUUCCGUUUUAUUAUAUUUUGUCUUUCAACGACGACGACCAACGCAAAACGAAAGUGGUCAGUGUGCAAUGCAAUAAUGGUGAAAAUCAGCAGCAUAAAUUUCGACCCUGUAUUAUUGUAUGGUAUGGUUGAUAUGGUGCAGAAAAUGUAAAUGAAUCCACAGCUCUCUCCGCGACCUCAACUAGAAGCAGCAGAGUGGCGAUUGAGAGUAAUAAUACAUGAUGGAAAGUAGUGAUCGUCAAUAAUUGAAGUGAAGGAAGAAGCAAAUGAUAGUAGUUGAUGUUGAAGUGAUUGCAAUUUACGCCCCGAAGGAAUGUGUGUACUUUCAAUUGAGUGUUGACUAAACCAUGUGUAGUCUAUUAUCAUUGCGUUACUGUUACUGAUAAGCGCGUGCACGGGAGAUAACACGCACGCAAACUCGCCGAUCCGAAUUAGACGGGGGUUGCAACGAUGACGAUAAGUGAUCCGAUAACAGCCUAGCUCCUAGAAUCGACUGUUUGUUUUUGAUAAACACCCGUUUCAAGUAUUCCGUCCGCGUGGCUAUCGGAGCCCCGCCAUUCCCCUAGCGGCCAUGGCCACCUCACCUACUUCGACCAAUACCUCGAACUCGAUUUCGUUGAACCGACAGUCGAGCAAAAAUGCCGACUCGAUAUCGCUCUGUUCAACCACCAGUGCCUUCUCGACGUGCCCGGAUCGGCACGGAUUCUACGGCGGCAGUCAGUUCUCGGAGAAACCGGCGAAGGAGACGCUCACCCGGGAGCAGAUCAUCGCUCGGGAAAAGAAAUGGCUGCAUAUGAUGAAACACUGGCAGGAGUAUAUGAACAAAAACUACAAGAAGCUUAGGGAACGAUGCCGGAAGGGCAUCCCGCAGGCGGUGCGUCCCCGGGCGUGGUUCUACCUGACAGGAGCCUACCAGCUGCACCAGAAGUAUCCCGAUCGGUACAACGAUCUGCUCCGGCAGCCGGGCAAUCCGCAAAUAAUCGAGGAAAUCAAGAAGGACCAACAUCGGCAGUUUCCCCAUCACGAGAUGUUCAUCGACGAGGAGAAACCCGGCCAGAAGGAGCUGUUCAACGUGCUGAAGGCGUACUCGAUACACAAUCCCAAAGUAGGUUACUGCCAGGCCCAAGCGCCGAUCGCUGCCUUUCUACUAAUGCAUUUGCCGAGCGAGCAAGCCUUCUGGUGCUUUGUUACUAUCUGCGAUAAGUAUCUCAAGGACUACUUCACGCCGGGUCUCGAAAUGCUCCAACGGGACGCCGGUAUGCUGAACGGUCUACUUAAGAAGACGUCCCCGUCGGUCUAUCGGCACCUCCAGAAGCACAAGGUGGACCCGCUGCUCUACAUGACCGAUUGGUUCCUGUGCGCAAUGACCCGAACCCUGCCCUGGGACACAUUGCUCCGGGUGUGGGACUGCUUCCUGUGCGAGGGCAUCAAGAUCCUGUUCAAGGUCGCCCUGGUCAUCCUGGGAGCCAGCCUCAGCUCGCACAAGGUCCGUAAGCAGGCCAACGGCCUUUGCGAAACGCUUGAAGUGCUACGAUCACCGCCGAAGAAGUACCUCGAGGCGGACUUUGUGAUGCACCACAUAUUCCGGCUGAACAUCACCGUCGAAGAUUUCAUCCACGAGCAUAAAAAGCAGGAAAUGCUACACCGGAAGGCGAAGGUUUCCUAGGGACGGGCUGGCCCGUCAACCGACGGCAACUCGGCAGAGGACGGCACCCGAUCGCGGUGAACUCUUCCACUCUAGUCUUAGUACGGUGCGUGUGUGUCGUGGAAGAAUCGGUACGGGACUUGGCCGCGCGGUCGGGUGGGCCGUCCUUGCGUUUAGAUCCUAAGCCUAGAUGUUACUGUGGUAAGGCGUUACUCUGAACUCGUAGUAUUAUUUAUAAACGGAAGAAGUUUUGCGGUGGCAUUCGAAAGGCAACUGCAAAUAAAAUGAUUUCCUUAUUGCUAAUUACGGAUGGGAUGGAUUCUUUUGCAAAUAAAUGUAUUAGCUGAAAUGAAUUUCAUUGCGAUUCUGUUGAUGGGCGUUUGUACGGCCCCACCACGUCGCAGCAGAUAAGCUCGAAUAGAUAAGAAGAAAUUUGUAGUACCCUGGACUGUUGUUACCGACGAAGAGCUGUUAAGUGAUUUCGAGUGAUGAUUUGUAGAUUGAGGAAUGCAAGUUAUGUUUUCUUAGCUUUUGCUUGUUUCAAGUCCUGGGAAGAAAUUCCCUAGACAAGCCAUUUCCAUAAGAUAAAUUCGGUUUGCAAAACCAUGGUCAUUAGAAGGCAUUUCAAUAACAUUCAAAAUAUUGCUUGGGGAUUGAGGGAUAUUUCAAGAAACUGGCCCCUGCAAAGAAUGAUCCUGAAAUCAUUUUGGCGACCACUAAUGUUCAUGUUCUACAAUAAAUCAUUGGAAAAUUUCAAUGACUUUCAACAGCAUUAACUUUCUCCUGGGAUAUUCUGAGAAUCGGGUGUCCUCAGGCAUUUGAUAAAAUUGCAGUGCAUGGGAAAGUUCUAGGACAGUUUCUGAAAUGUUUCGAAUCUAACCUUGACAAAAUCAUCACUCGCAAUUCCAAUUCAAACUAACAAGACUAAAAAUUCUUAUUGUUCUAUUUUCCAACAUGAAUCAAAUCCGUUCUAAAUGUGUUAGAAACGCAAAUCUUAUGCAAUGUACAGAAGCUUUAUAUAUAGAACCGCAAAAACUACCGAGAGGGAGAAUCAUUCUAAACAUAGUAGGACAGACGGAGCAAAUUUAACCUAGUUUUGAGAAGUAUCUAUUUAUAUGUACACGCAUUUUAGAUGAGGAUAAAACGUUAAAACAAACGGGAAAAAAGUACAAUUACCAUCUACUCAAGCCUAUCUGGCAAAACAAUAGGAAAAAAAAAACUAAAAAAACUACCGUACAAAACCGAAAUUCAAUUAAAACGAAUCGAACUUUUUGCAAUUCACGCGUUCUGAAUUACGUAAUAGGCAACUACAGGGAGAUAAUUAUCGUUUCUUCGGCUUCCGUUACAAAUGAGUUUUGUUGUUUCUACUUUUCUGGAUAUUCUUUGGGCAAUUUGCGUUAUAACAGACGGGGGUCUGCCGCUACAGUAAACGCCUUUGCAUCACAGAUAAUGAGACAUAGUGAUGUGAUUGAACAGAAAAGAAAAACAGUCCAGCUGAAGAGUACAAGAUGGUUGAUAAAAUCGAUAACAGGUGGCGUUAGAGCUAGAUAAAAGAGAAGCGAAUCAUUCUACGGCGCAGUAGGCCAUCAUUGAAAUUUGUACGCGCCAUUGAUGAUUAAUGCUAAUUUAUCUCACUGCUUUGAAGUAAUAAAAAUCAGCUAGUUUUGCACUUACAUAGCUGAAAAAGUAUCAGCAUAUUUUAUGCAUGUAGGCACAUGUGAUGAUACAUUUUCGAGUCAAUAUUAACUAUGAUGACUGAGUUCUAUUACUUUGAUAUUUAUUCUGCGUCAUUUUUUCGAUCAAGUGAGCACGAAUUUUAUAUCCGCUUAUCUGUGCAAUCGAAACACCCGAUGCAUUUCAAGUUCAAUUUGAUCCCCCUUAUGCAUGCAUGCCAUAUAGGUAUUGCGAAACCAUUAUAUCGGAACAUCGCCGCGUCUAUCUCCCAAUAGCGGGAGUAUUAAUAACUAAUCACUGGCGCGAGAAACAAAAAUCGGAGAAAAAAUUGUUCCACAUGGGAGGAAAGCCAUGCAGUAAUUGUUCGCUAUAAGAAGAGCGAUAAUGCAGUGGAGGUCAAUCUUCUCGGCAGAUGAUGAUGAUCAUAGGCGAUCGAGCAGUAACAAUAACACUAGGCGACAAAAUCGAAACUUUUCCACGUGCUUUGACCAUUUGCGAUGGAUUUAUCAGAUUUUGGUCUGCUAAAUUCGAAUCUGUACUGAGAACUUUUGUAAGUUUUUAAGAAAAAAAUGAGCUUUAUUCACAAAGUAUCAUUUUCAAGUAUAAAUCAGGGAGCUUCAGAAUCAUUUUCAAAAUUUUAUUUUGUACUAGUGGUCCCGGCAAACUUCGUCUUGCCAUCGAGUAGGCUGUUGUAGAACGUCAUGUAAUCCCCCACACAAAAUGACACGUUAGUCUUCUCCCGUUUCACCAAUUAUUCCGGAGCCUUUCUCGAAAUUUUUCUUCGCACGGUCGUAUUGCAUCCCUUGUGGAGUGCAACAGUGAAAAACUUACGUCAAUCCGUUCAUCAGUUGUCAAGCCAUUUCGUGACAUACAAACACCACUCCAUUUUUAUUUAUAUAGAUUCUCCGCAGAGCUUCCUUCCUGGUAUAAUAACGGCUAGUCCAUAUUGGUACAGCAUACAACAUGGCUGGCCUGAACGUUUGUUUGAAGAUCAAAAGCUUGUUCUUAAUACAUAGUUCCGAUUUUCUGCUAAUAAGUGGAUAUAGACAUUUUAUACAUUUGUUACAUUUGGCUUGAAUGUACUUAAUCUGAUUUUUGAAAAGUUGAAUUGGUAUCUAGCAUGAUCCCUAGAUGCUUAACUUAAUCUGACCAAUCCAUUGAAACCCCUUUCAUCAUGACAACAUGUCUACUUGAAGGUUUCAAGUAAAGGGCUUUUGGUUUAUGUUGGAAUAUUAUAAGUUGAGUUUAGGAAGCUUCAGUUCGUGAAUCAAUGUUGCCUAGUGUAAUCGAUCGCCUCAAUUGGCUGGUGGUGUGAAAUUCUGAAUGGGGUUUCGACUUUUUGGGGCGGAAGGCAGACAAACUACCACCCGAUCAUUGCUGUUUUUGUUUUGUUUCUGUAAUCGGAUGAAUGGGGGGACGGGGAACCGAAAAAAAAUCGAAUCGCUUAUUGUUAUUGUGCAGUAUAAGACGGAUUUUGUAACGGAUGGAAACAAUUAUGUUGAUUAUGGGAAUGUGUUUUCUGCUCUGAUAUUGCGUGGCAAAAAAACAAAUUUUCGAUUCAUAGCUGAACAUAGUAGUUACUUACUUGUACAGAUAUUAGCAAAUAUUUCAGUAGCAGCUACGAGAGGGAAGUUGAGUUUUCCAUAUGUCGAAGAUCAGUGCAAUUUACGGCUUCUGAAGUUUAAAUUUAUGCUUGUUACGUCUGUUGCAUAGUAGCUUAAAAUAUCGAGUGUUUAUCAUAGAUAAUUGCAUAUUGUCAGACUAAAACAAAUGUUAACACGUAAGCGAAUAAAUUUAGAUCCAAGUAUCGUAUAAUUCUUUGAAGUACUAUUGCAAGCAGUUAUACAGUUGUAGUUUUUAUAUACAUAGCAUUUCGACUAUUUAUUAAUCUGUGAAACAUAUCUACUCGAAACAAAUACAAAAAUCUAGAAAAACA